AUGACAUCCAGACCAAAGCUCAGAGCCCAGAACAGCAGGACAGACCAGAACCUGGACCUAAACCUGGACCUGAACCCAGCUGUGAUCAAUCAGCAGAGACCAGAUUCUUCUGAACCCAGCUGUGUGUCCAUGAACAGUGACCGGUCUAUGGGUCGAAUUAUUGACUUCAAACAUGAACAUCAGUCUGCUGAUCAGAGGUCAGAAUAUAAAAUGAUCCAUCAGCAGAGACCAGAUUCUCCUGAACCCACCUGUGUGUCCAUGAAGAGUGACCGGUCUAUGGGUCGAAUUAUUGACUUCAAACAUGAACAUCAAUCUGCUGAUCAAAGAGUUCAUCAGCAGAGCUUAGAGGUUCUCAGUGGUCAGUCUGUCCAGCAGCAUCAAACACACAUGGACUCCAUAUUUAUGCUCCUGGAGGAGAACAUCAGCAGAUUUGUGAAGAACGAGUUGAAGAAGAUGCAGAAGGGUCUGAGUCCAGAUUACCCAGAAUGCUUAGAGAGUCAGAGUGAGGAUGAGGAGGUGCUGGACGGUGAGGAGGAAGAGCAGAGGAGGAGCAGCAGAGAGGCAUUUCUGAAGAUCACACUGCACUUCCUGAGGAGAAUGAAGCAGGAUGAGCUGGCUGACCGUCUGCAGAGCAGAACUCGUGCGGGCAGGUGUCAACGUAAACUCAAGUCUAACCUGCAGAAGAAGUUCCAGUGUCUGUUUGAGGGGAUUGCUAAAGCAGGAAACCCAACCCUUCUGAAUCAGAUCUACACACCGCUCUACAUCACAGAGGGAGGGACUGCAGAGGUCAAUGAUGAACAUGAGGUCAGACAGAUUGAAACAGCAUCCAGGAAACCACACAGACCAGAAACAACAAUCAGACAAGAAGACAUCUUUAAAGCCUCACCUGGAAAAGAUGAACCAGUCAGAACAGUGAUGACAAAGGGAGUGGCUGGCAUUGGGAAAACAGUCUUAACACAGAAGUUCACUCUGGACUGGGCUGAAGACAAAGCCAACCAGGACAUAUACUUCACAUUUCCAUUCACUUUCAGAGAGCUGAAUGUGCUGAAAGAGAAAAAGUACAGCUUGGUGGAACUUGUUCAUCACUUCUUUACUGAAACCAAAGAAGCAGGCAUCUGCAGGUUUGAAGAGUUCCAGGUUGUGUUCAUCUUUGACGGUCUGGAUGAGUGUCGACUUCCUCUGGACUUCCACAACAAUGAGAUCCUGACUGAUGUUACAGAGUCUACCUCAGUGGAUGUGCUGCUGACAAACCUCAUCAGGGGGAAACUGCUUCCCUCUGCUCGCUUCUGGAUAACCACACGACCUGCAGCAGCCAAUCAGAUCCCUCCUGAGUGUGUCGGCAUGGUGACAGAGGUCAGAGGGUUCACUGACCCACAGAAGGAGGAGUACUUCAGGAAGAGAUUCAGAGAAAAGAAGCAAGUCAACACCAUCAUCUCCCACAUCAAGACAUCACGAAGCCUCCACAUCAUGUGCCACAUCCCAGUCUUCUGCUGGAUCACUGCUACAGUUCUGGAGGAUGUGUUGAAAAGCAAAGAGGGAAGAAAGCUGCCCAAGACCCUGACUGAGAUGUACAUCCACUUCCUGGUGGUUCAGUCCAAACUGAAGAACGUCAAGUAUGAUGGAGGAGCUGAGACAGAUCCACACUGGAGUCCAGAGAGCAGGAAAAUGAUUGAGUCUCUGGGAAAACUGGCGUUUGAGCAGCUGCAGAAAGGCAACCUGAUCUUCUAUGAAUCAGACCUGACAGAGUGUGGCAUUGACAUCAGAGAAGCCUCAGUGUACUCAGGAGUGUUCACACAGGUCUUUAAAGAGGAGAGAGGUCUGUACCAGGACAAGGUGUUCUGCUUCGUACAUCUGAGCGUUCAGGAGUUUCUGGCUGCUCUUCAUAUCCAUCUGAUAUUCAUCAAGUCUGGAGUCAAUCUGCUGGCAGAAGAACAAACAACAUCCUGGUCUGAUGUGUUCAGAGGCAAAUCAACACGUUUCUACCAGAGUGCUGUGGACGAGACUUUAAAGAGUCUAAAUGGACACCUGGACUUGUUCCUCCGCUUCCUCCUGGGUCUUUCACUGCAGACCAAUCAGAUUGUCCUACGAGGUCUGCUGACACAGACAAGAAGUAGCUCACAAACCAAUCAGAAAACAAUCAAGUACAUCAAGAAGAAGAUCAAUGAGAAUGUGUCUGCAGAGAAAAGCAUCAAUCUGUUCCACUGUCUGAAUGAACUGAAUGAUCGUUCUCUAGUGGAGGAGAUCCAACAGUAUCUGAGAUCAGGAAGUCUCUCCACAGAUGAACUGUCUCCUGCUCAGUGGUCAGCUCUGGUCUUCAUCUUACUGUCAUCAGAAAAAGAUCUGGACAUGUUUGACCUGAAGAAAUACUCUGCUACAGAAGAGGCACUUCUGAGGCUGCUGCCAGUGGUCAAAGCUUCAAAUAAAGCUCUGCUGAGUGGCUGCAACCUCUUAGAGAGAAGCUGUACUGCUCUGUCCUCAGUUCUCAGCUCCCAGUCCUCUAGUCUGAGAAAACUGGACCUGAGUGACAACAAACUGCAGGAUUCAGGGUUGAAGCAGCUGUCUUCUGGACUGGACAGUCCACACUGUACACUGGAAACUCUCAGUCUGUCAGGAUGUCUGAUCACAGAGAAAGGCUGUGCUCCUCUGGCCUCAGCUCUGAGCUGCAACCCCUCCCAUCUAAGAGAGCUGGACCUGAGUGACAACAACCUGAAGGAUUCAGGGUUGAAGCAGUUGUCUGCUGGACUGGAGAGUCCACACUGUACACUGGAAACUCUCAGUCUGUCAGGAUGUCUGAUCACAGAGAAAGGCUGUGCUCCUCUGGCCUCAGCUCUGAGCUCCCAGUCCUCUAGUCUGAGAGAGCUGGACCUGAGUGACAACAACCUGAAGGAUUCAGGGUUGAAGCAGUUGUCUGCUGGACUGGAGAGUCCACACUGUACACUGGAAACUCUCAGUCUGUCAGGAUGUGUGAUCACAGAGAAAGGCUGUGCUCCUCUGGCCUCAGCUCUGAGCUCCCAGUCCUCUAGUCUGAGAGAGCUGGACCUGAGUGACAACAACUUGAAGGAUUCAGGGGUGAAACAGUUGUUUGCUGGACUGGAGAGUCCACACUGUACACUGGGAAGCCUCAGUUUGUCAGGAUGUCUGAUCACAGAGAAAGGCUGUGCUUCUCUGGCAUCAGCUGUGAGAUACAACCCCUCCCAUCUGAGAGAGCUGGACCUGAGCUACAAUCAUCCAGGAGACUCAGGAGAGAAGCAGUUGUCUGCUGGACUGAAGGAUCCACGAUGGAGACUGGACACUCUCAGGAUGGACCAUGGUGGAGAGCAGUUGGUAAAGAAGUAUUUCUGUGAAAUCAUACUGGACACAAACACAGUACACAGAAGACUCAAACUGUCUCACAACAACAGGAAGGUAACAUGUGUGGGAGAGAAUCAGUCAUAUCCUGAUCAUCCAGACAGAUUUGAUUACUGGUCUCAGCUGCUGUGUAGAAAUGUUCUGACUGGUCGCUGUUACUGGGAGGUCGAGUGGAGAGGAGAUGUUGAUAUAUCAGUGAGUUACAGAAGAAUCAGCAGGAAAGGAGACGGUUAUGACAGCCGGUUUGGAUUUAAUAAUCAGUCCUGGUGUCUAGAGUGCUCUGAAUUUAAUGGUUACUCUGUCCGUCACAAUAACAGAGAAACAUCCAUCUCUUCCUCCUCCUCCUCCUCCUCCUCCUGUGUCUCCAACAGAGUAGGAGUGUAUGUGGACUGUCAUGCUGGCACUCUGUCCUUCUACAGAGUCUCCUCUGACACACUGAUCCACCUCCACACCUUCAACACCACAUUCACUAAACCUCUAUAUGCUGGGUUUGGGUUCUGGUCUGGUUCAUCAGUGUCUCUGUGUCCUCUGUCUAAGUGA